AUGGACUAUACUAUCAACGAAAAGAAAAAAAGAAUUGGGAUAUUGACGAGCGGUGGUGAUUCACCUGGAAUGAAUGCUGCUGUUAGAUCGAUUGUAAGAGUUGCUAUUUCACGUGGGUGUGAACCAUACGCAAUUUUCGAGGGUUAUCAAGGCUUGGUUCAAGGCGGCGAUAAAAUAAAAAAAUUUGGAUGGGGUGAUGUUAGAGGUUAUUUAGCAUUAGGUGGCACACUUAUAAAAACUGCUCGCUGUAAAGAAUUUCGUGAACAUGAUGGCAGACUAAAAGCAGCACACAAUUUGAUUAGGAAUGGAAUAGACGCAUUAAUUGUGUGUGGAGGUGAUGGUUCAUUGACUGGUGCAGAUAUUUUUAGAUCCGAAUGGCCUGGAUUGGUAGAAGAAUUAGUUAAGCUGGGAAGAAUUACAGAGGAAGAGGCAACAUCUCAUAGUCAUCUAACAAUUGUAGGAAUGGUUGGUUCAAUUGAUAAUGAUAUGUCAUCAACUGAUAUAACUAUUGGAGCUGUCACUUCAUUGCAUCGAAUUUGUGAAGCUGUUGACUGUAUUGCAUCUACAGCUUAUAGUCACUCGCGUGCUUUUAUAAUUGAAGUUAUGGGAAGAAAUUGUGGUUGGCUGGCAUUAAUGGCAGCAAUCAGCACUACCGCAGAUUUUGUUUUUAUUCCUGAAAAUCCACCAUCAUCAGAUAAUUGGGAAGAGGAAAUGUGUCAAACCAUUAAAAAUCACCGCGAUCUUGGAAAACUCAGAACUAUUGUGAUUGUUUCAGAAGGAGCCACUGAUAAAAACUUACAUCCAAUAAAAGCUGAUUAUAUCAAAGAUCUUUUAACGACUAAUUUGGGUCUUGAUACCAGAGUUACAACAUUGGGUCAUAUACAACGUGGUGGAAGACCAUGUGUCUAUGAUAGAAAUCUUGCAACUUUACAAGGUUAUGAAGCAGUAAAAGCUGUUCUUAAUACAACACCUGAUUGUGAAUCACCUAUGAUUGGUAUAAAAGAAAACAAGAUUACAUGUGAACCUUUAAUGAAGGCUGUUGAAUUAACACACCAAGUUGCAAAGGCUAUUGAAAAAAAAGAUUUUAAACAAGCUAUGAAAUUACGUGAUCCAGAAUUUAUUGAUUCUUAUGAGAUAUACCAAGCAGUCUCAUUCACUGAUGGCCAUGGAUCCAAAUUAGAAGAAUAUAAACGUCUUCGUAUUGGUAUAAUUCAUAUUGGUGCACCAGCUAGUGGAAUGAGUUCAGCAACAGGUGCAGCCGUUUCUUAUGCACUUAAUCGAGGACAUACUCCUAUUGCAAUAUUUAAUAGUUUCAAGGGUCUUUUAGAAGACAACCUUCGAGAAUUUUCUUGGAUAGAUGUUGAUGGCUGGAUUGCUAAAGGUGGCUCAGAACUUGGCACUAAUCGAAGCGAACCUGAUGUGGACAUUGGAAUGGUGGCAUAUCAAUUUCAAAAACACAGAAUUGAUGCUUUACUAUUGAUUGGAGGGUUUGAAGCUUACAGUUCACUCAUUAAAUUGUAUAAUGCUCGGAAUAGUUAUCCUGCAUUUUGUAUUCCAAUGAUUUGUUUACCUGCUACCAUAUCAAACAAUGUUCCUGGCACUGAUUUUUCUUUGGGCAGCGAUACGAGUUUAAAUGCUGUAGUUGACUGUUGUGAUGCAAUUAAACAAUCUGCUUCCGCUUCCAGAAGAAGAGUUUUUGUAGUUGAAUUGCAUGGUGCAACAAGUACAUAUAUUCCAGAAGUAGGAUUAUCUUUAAAGACUCUUCAAUCAGAUAUUAAUCAUUUGAAUAGAAGGUUUGGUGAAGAUGUAAAAGGUGUAAGUUCAGGACGUUUAAUUCUUAGAAAUGAACGUGUAUCUACUACUUAUACGACAAAUGUAAUAGCCGAUAUUGUUAAAACUGAAGGUCAUGGACUAUUUGAUUGCAGAACAACUAUUUUAGGUCAUAUUCAACAAGGUUCUACACCAUCACCUUUAGAUCGUAUUCGAGCAACUAGACUUGCAGUAAAGUGUGUUAAAUUCUUGGAAAAUUAUGCAUUUUCUUCAACUUCUGCUACACCAGCGAAUUUAUCAUUACCACAACCGUCUUUGUCAAAUCAUAAAAUUUCUUCUGUAAAACCAAGAAUUUAUACCAAAGUUAAAGAAUCUGCUGCUGUGAUUGGAAUAGAUGGUGCACACGUUGUUUAUAGGCCUGUUAUUGAUUUAUUGUCAGAAACUGAUAUGGAUAAACGUACAAGCACCAAAGCCUGGUGGAUUCGAAUAAAAGGAUUGAAUAACACAAAAUUUUAUACAAAAUUAUCUAUUACUGAAGUGGAAGUUAUUGAAGUUAUUGAUAAAAAUGAAGAAUUUGCAAAUACAGUCAAAGCCUACUAUAGUGGACACUCAGUUCCAGACAUUUUUGUCCACUAUAAUGAAUUUCCACUAUAA